AAGCUUUGUCUAUCAUCAACUUGCCUACAAGCAUAUGAAAGAAUUCUGAUGGAAAUCAUUACAGGUCGAAAUAUCUAUAUGUUACUCCGUAGGCUAGUUCAUUUAAUGCUGUAAGGGUUGUGAAUCAUAGGCUAUGCUGAUAAAUAAUGCGCAUGCAGGAAGAUUAUGGACAUUUUAGACUGACCUGAUCAAAAAACGCCAAAAGCUGCCUUUGCGUUAACAUUCAUAAAUUCGUGUCAUCUAUAAAAAGAUUCUAUCCUUAAUGUUGUGUACUUUAAAGCCCCUGUUUGUCUAGAAUGGGAAGAAAUUAAAUGUGAGGAGAAGUCAACAUUAGAAUUUAAAGUAUUUUCAUAGGCUAUUCAUAUUAAUGAGCGACGUUUUAACCCAAUUUACACAGAAGGCACAUGUUUUUAACUGUUGCAGGUUCGUUGGGGCUCCGAAUCGGUUGGGUCAAGGUCUACGUCAAAACAAUCGAUUCAGAAUUGGGUUUAAAUUAGGCCUUGUGUUAAUUUGUUCAUUAAUUUCUCUUAAAAUUUAAGGCAUCUACUUCUGUUUUUCAUGGUCCCACAGCAUUAAAGCAGCAUUAAAUUUACGGAAAUGUACCCACAUGAACGGAAAGCUAUAAGCUUUUGAUUAAUUAUGUAAAUAACAUCUAAAAUUUGCCAAACUGGUCAUAGCCUAUACCGUUGGCCAUUUAAUUGAUUUUUCCUCUGUGAAAUUGCCAGUUGUAUUCAGCAUUUAGGCUAUAAAAAUAUACAAAAAGAACGAAACAAUUCUUCUUUAAUCCGAGAUUCCCUACACAUCUGUUAUUAGAAUGGUUGAGAAUGAGCACACUAUAAUUUUGAGCUCAAACGUACACUGUAUGUAUCAUUCAUUUAUUUAGCCUCAUCUACCAGAACGUUUAAAUAAAGGAGAUAUGUACAACUUAUAAAGUUUGAAAAGUUAUAUGGAUUAGGCCUAUAUUUCGAGGAAAACCUCUGAAGAUAAAUUUGACUUGUGUAACCAGAACCUGCUUACAGAAAGUCCAGUCCUCGCGUACAACCACUGUCUGCACACAUUGGAUGUUUCUCUUAUCACUUCGACCGUAAGCGCCCUGCAAAGUAGAAAUCACAGGCUAAUCCGCUAUGCUUCCAGUUCGAAGGUAGUAUGAUCCAUUCCAAGGGCAUUAAAGUGUACAAGACGUUGAUUUAAAUUGUAUUUUUCUACAGAGAUAAGCCUAUAUUAUGUUAGACUUCUCUUGUAAGUUUCGUCUGUGUUAAGCUGAAGACGCUGCAGGCCGUGGCAUAGCUAAAAUCAUACCUUACUCGAGUGCACUGUAGCUGCUCGCAGUUAAAUUCUAUGGCGUCCGCCGCGUGGAUCAAACAGCCCUGCCUCUUCUAACUAGCUGCCUCCCCCUGUUCGGCUUUUUUACGCAUGCGCGCACACGCGCCUCAUAUCGCAAAAAAAAAAAAAAAUACCGCCUUCAAUAAAAUUAGAUAUGGCUUUUCAUCGAAAUGGGACAUAAAAUACGGUUUUCUAGGGAGAUAGGGAUUCGUGAGACAAACGACCGACCGCUUUUUUGUUGGUCUUUAUGCGCUGCUGAUGGUAGAUGGUAUCCAGCGAGCUGUAUCUGGCUGAGGAAGACGACGACUCGGCGAGUAAUAUGAAGGAGAUGAUCGGAGGCUGCUGCGUUUGCUCGGAUGAGAGAGGCUGGGCCGAAAACCCUCUAGUCUACUGCGACGGUCACGGCUGUAACGUUGCCGUCCAUCAAGCCUGCUAUGGAAUUGUCCAAGUCCCCACAGGCCCCUGGUUCUGCAGGAAAUGUGAAUCACAGGAACGUGCUGCCAGGGUGAUUAAAGGGUGGAGGGGGAGAAAGCCAAGCUGGCAGACCCCUGAAGAAGGAGGAUUGUCCACCACCUGUAACAAAGAGGAGGAGGACAGCAGACUGAGCAGAAGUUUAAAAACUUUGAACAUAGUGAGGUGCGAGCUGUGUCCCCACAAAGAUGGAGCACUGAAGCGAACAGAUAAUGGAGGUUGGGCCCAUGUGGUUUGUGCUCUUUACAUCCCUGAAGUGGAGUUCGCCAACGUAUCCACCAUGGAGCCCAUUGUGCUUCAGUCUGUCCCUCAUGAACGUUAUAAUAAGACAUGCUACAUCUGUGAGGAACAGGGCCGUGAGAGCAAAGCUGCUUCUGGAGCAUGCAUGACAUGUAACAAACAUGGCUGCCGACAAGCCUUUCACGUUACAUGCGCUCAGUUUGCUGGGUUUUUGUGUGAAGAACAGGGCUCAGAUGCUGAUAAUGUGAAAUACUGUGGAUACUGCAAGUACCAUCACAGCAAACUGAGAAGGAGCAAAGGCCGUGGUAGUAGGGCUCAAAGCUUAAGUGAUUCUUCCAUUCACUCUUUGGAUAAGCACCAUGACAAGGAAAAGAAGAAACAUAAAGAAAGAGAUCGUCACAAACCAAAGCACAAAAAGUCUUUGGAAAUGUCACCUUCCUUGGUGCCAGCUAUGAUGGUGGCCUCUGAGAAGAGCUACAACAGCAGCACUGGCGGAAGUGUCGCCUCCAUUACCUCCACCCAGAAGCGUCUGGACGACAGCGGAGGUCGUUUCACUAAUGCCAACUUCCAGGAAGUUCCACCUCACUCCAGUUCCAGCUCCAAGGAUGGCAGCUCCUCUGAUGGCAAGAGCUCGGAUGGCAAAAGCAAGAAGUCCAGCAGUCACGGCACUAGCUCAAGCUCCGGCUCCAGGGGCCGCAAGUCAGUGCCGGGCAAACCCCACAGCCCUGUGGUCACCACAGCGACGUCAUCCACCGCUCCCUCCUCAACCAGUCCUUUUCAGCAAGGUCUUUUAUUAGGCAACAGCAGCAAUAAAUCAGCCACUAGUGGGUCUGUGGUCCAGCCCACAUCUGAUUUCCUCAGCUUCUCUGAUCCCAGCCUAAGAGCCGGUGACUCGUACACACCUCCAUCCUUUAGCCGUUGUCACGUGAAGGGUGGUGCAGAAAAUGCAGCUUCUGAAGGCAUGGUGGCUCUCAACACCUUCAGCAUGAUAUCCAUCCCCCAAAGCACCAGCUCAAGCAAGCAUUACGAAAACUGUCACCCAGCCGGAGAGCUCGGAGGCCUGGCCUCAGCAGGCUACAAAAGACCCCAGCCCUCCUCAUCCUCUUCUUCUGCGACAUCGUCUUCGUCUACUGGUGAGGAUGGUGUGAAGAAGAAGAAGAGAGGGAACUGGAGGAACAGGUAUGGACCGUGCUUCACCACCCAGGACAGUAAAACCACUGAUACAGGAGAGCACGGGUCCACAAUGCCCUCAUCCACUUCCCCCUCGCCAUCCUCUAUGAGCACCACGGCCUGCCGCGGGAGUGCAGUCAGCAGUACAGGAGGUGUGGGAGCAGUGGGUGCUGGGAGCAGCAGUCUGGGGAUUCAGAAGUCCCCAUCCCUCCUCAGGAAUGGAAGCUUACAGGGUAUGACUGUCAGCUCCCCGUCUGCUGGACCAGGUUCGUACCCCAGCAGUAGUGAUGUAGCCUGCCCAUUGCCCGGUGCGGUGUUUGGAGGGUCUCUGUCCGGAUCCAACUCCGAGUUACCUGCUCAUCAGUCAGUUGUCACUUCCAUGCCCACUCUCACCUCGCUGCCUCCAACCGCCCCGUUCACCAGCACCUCAUCCACACAUUCAAACUCUGUCCCGGGAUCCUUUAACCUGGCGCCAACCCAUAUGUUCGGAAACAGGCUGAAUCCGAAUUCCGCCAUGGCUGCACUGAUCGCCCAGUCUGAGGGCUCCCCAGCAGAUCAGGAGCUAGGAGACGGAGCUCUCGGCUUCUCCAGAAGAGGAAACUCACCAAAGACAAACCUCUCCCCUCGGUUUCCGGUAAGUGGGCUUCAUGUCCGGUAUGACUCGUCAGGUCCGUUGGUUCCGGGGCUCGGGUCUGGUUCGGAUGCAUUGCCCCCGGUGGCCACCAGCAUCGACCAGCUGCUGGAACGCCAAUGGAACGAAGGACAGCAGUUUCUCCUACAACAGGGCUCACAGGGAGAUGUUCUGGGAAUGCUGAAGUCCCUGCACCAGCUGCAGGUGGAAAACCGGCGUCUGGAGGAACAAAUCCGAACUCUUACUAUGAAGAAGGAACGACUGCAGCUCUUGAGUGCUCAGCUCUCCGUGCCUUUCACCCCCGCGAGCACCACGGCCACCACUGCCUCCUCUCCUCUGUACCCCAGCAACACUCAUCCAGACAUGCUGCACAGCAAGAGCAUUCAGCUAGGCAGCAGUGUUUUAACAGAGUCCUCUCAACCCUUGCCCACUCAGGAUCCCCUGUCUGGUGGCCAUAGUAGCGGAAGUAGCACGUCCUCUCUCUCCACCCCUCCGUCUGCGGCCCACAGUCCCCCCCAGCAGCAGAUGAACGGAGUCGGCAUGGCCGGGGUGGCUGUCCAGCCUGGCAAUGCCAACUCGUCCCUGCCUGCCAUAGCCGGGGUGACAGGUCUGAUGGGCGCUCUGCAGGGGAACCACCUGGCCAUCGUGGGUGCCCUAAACGGAGUCAUCCAAACCUCCCCCAGCCUGGCCCAGAAUAGCAACCCCCUGCCCCAUCCCUCUGCAGCUACCAGCGCAUCCCUGCCCAUGUCCAACAGUCUCAGUAACAGCAGCCUGACCGCUGUGAAAACCAGUGCAGCAAGGCUUUUCAGCGACCAGCACAGGCAGAUCCUCCUUCAUCCGCACCAACUACAGCAGCUUUUCAGCUCUCAGCAGGCUUUACCAGAACAGCAGAAGGCUCUGCUCUAUCAGUUAAUGCAACAGCAGCAUCAACAACAACAGCAGCAGCAGCAGCAGAAUGACAUCCAGCUACAGCAGCUGCCAAUCAACAGCCUUCUGCCUGCCACGCAACCAGCCGUCAACACAAACCCCUUCCUCGCCAUGCACAACGACAACAACACUCCUAAAACUGGAGCCGGCACUGCCACCAUCAAACAGACAAAAAGACUGGGAGAGAAGGCGGUGUCUGUGACAGGACAGGAGAAGACCUGAUGUAGAAGACAACAUUUUGGAGGAGGGCUGUCUUCUGGAUCCCUCUCAUCUGCCCAGAGGCUUGCAAUCUGAGCAGCAAAACCUGAACAUUCACCCACCGCACGAAACCAGCACCAGCCUUGAUAUAAACACACACACACACACGCCAGUUUGAUGCCCAUCUGGCAAACAACAUGCUGCACUGAGUUUAGUAAAUCCCUUGCUGUAAACUUACUGGAACCCAUGGAGGCCAAAAGACAGGCUCACACACACACACACACACACACACACACACGGUCUCUCUCACCCGGCCAGUGUGUUGAAAAUGACACUGGUGCAAGUCGAUUUGAGCGGAAAGUGUAGAUGAAGGUCUCUGAUGGGGACUGUAAGAUGGAGAUGCUUCUGGAACAGUAUCUGCUCACCACUGUUACCUCUCUGUACCCCUUUAACAAGAAAAAUGUAACGAUAAUCUCAAUAAAAACCUGUCAUAUUUGUCCGUCUUUGGAUUUAAAGGCGUCAAAUAUUUCAAAGCUGAAGAGAUCAGACAUUUGUGCACCACGAAGGCCUUCUCUGCAUCCUGAUCUUGAGCUUCCCCUGAGGAGGCGUCCCAAAGGUCUCACUGACCCUGCUGCACUCUUUGAAGAGCAACUACCUCUCUCUCAAGCCAGGACACACAGACCAGGCCCUGGACCCAAGUGCCUGGCCCCGAUCUCCAACUUCUCAGCAAGGGGCCGCGCGCUGGAGACGCUGCCAGUCUCUCUCUCUCUCUCUCUCUCUCUCUCUCCUUCCUUUUUUAUUUUCUCCUCCAGUCAAUCCAUUUUUUUUCUGAAAAGAUUUAAUACCGAUCUGCGUCGCUCAGGCAAUACCAGUUCAGAGAGUCCCAGAGAUCUCUGCCUGCACAGUGACUACACUGAAGAAGAAAAAAACUGAUUUCAAAUGUUUUGUGCUGCAUUAAUACUUUUUUGAAUCCAACUUUCUAUUAUUCCUUUUUUAUUUAUUUGCAUUUGUUGCAUGUUGGGCACCAGGUGAUAUAUUGUAAUGCUCAACUCGCAAACAUUUUUUAUACUACUGUACACAAUUCUUACCUUUUUUGAGUCUUGUUAACUUUUUGAUGAACAUGUCUUGUGUUUGAAGUUCUAAAGAAAAAAUCCUACUUGAUAAUUUUGUGGUCUUGUAAAUACACCUGUUUUUCCCUUUAUUCUUUUGUUGCUAUAUAAAUCUACAGGUGCAUAUUGGAGUAAGAAUAAGCUGUCAGAAUAAAUGAGAUUUAGUUUAGCACACUUUUACCUCUUUUCUGUUGUAAAUACAUAUUUGUGAUUCACUUGGUGUGAAGGACUGUUUCAAAUCACUGUCGGUGUGUUCUGAUCUUUUCCAACAGGCUUUCCACAAAACUGGUGACUGGAUAAAGUGUAUUAAUUUAUUUUUGUAUGUGCAGGGACUUUUUGUUUGGUUUUAUUGAUGUGGUUUUAAUGUCCACCUUCUCAUGUAUCUGUACAGAAAUUAUGCAAAAUCUAAAGUUUGUAUUUAAAACAUCAGAAGUGAAUCCACGAGUCCUGCUUCAUAUUUAGAAAUUCGGAACACUGAGAUUGUAGUGUUGCGCUUUUUUUUUUCAGUGAAAUUAAAAUGUUUAUUACAAUUCUU